CCCCAUGGAGAUCAGUGCAUUUUCAACACUUGUUUGAGGUGGAAGCAAUAAGUCCCGUUAGAAACUGGUUUUUUCAAAACAAAAAAAAAAUUAUUAAAUUUUGAAAAUCUGAAAAAAUUAAAUUUGAAAUCGAAUAUUUCAAAAAUCCCCCGCCACCAUGCCUAACAAAUGGGAAAACAAUCAAGAAAUUGAAUAUUUCCGGGAAUAUCUACGCAUUCCAAGUGUUCAUCCGAAACCGAAUUACACACCAUGUGUGGACUUCCUGCGAAAGCAAUCCGAAACACUUGGCAUGCCGCUGCGUGUCUUCUAUCCCGUCAAUAAAGAUAAUCCCAUUGUGGUACUAUCAUUGCCUGGCACGGACCCGAGCCUACCAGCCAUAUUAUUGAACUCCCAUAUGGAUGUGGUGCCUGUGUUCCCCGAUAGCUGGAAACAUUCACCAUUCGGUGCCGAAAUGGACGAGGAGGGAAGGAUAUUCGCACGCGGUGCCCAGGAUAUGAAAUGUGUUGGUAUGCAGUAUUUGGGGGCGUUGCGUAAGCUCAAGGAGCGUGGAGUGCAAUUCAAGCGUACGAUUCAUGUGUCAUUUGUGGCGGAUGAGGAAAUGGGCGGCGGUCUGGGUAUGCGCGAAUUCGUCAACACCAGCGAGUUUAAGUCCCUGAACAUUGGCUUUUCCCUGGAUGAGGGCUUGGCAUCGCCCAGCGAAGAAUUUCCUGUCUUCUAUGCCGAACGUAGUGUGUGGCGAAUCUAUUUCAAUAUAAAUGGUCAUGCCGGCCAUGGCUCUUUGCUGCUAAAGAACACAGUGGGCGAAAAGGCCAAUUAUAUUCUGCAUAAAAUGAUGUCAAUGCGUGAACAACAAGUUCGAAGAUUGGAAAAUAAUCCAGACUUGACAAUUGGCGAUGUGACGACCAUUAAUUUGACCCAAGUGCGGGGUGGGGUCCAGAGUAAUGUGGUGCCGCCCACAAUGGUUUUGGGCUUUGAUGUGCGCCUGGCAUUGGAUGUGGAUCACAAGGAAUUUGAAGAACAGCUCCACAAAUGGUGUGAAGAGGCCGGUGGCGAUAUCAAUUUGACCUAUGACCAAAAACGUCCACGUGUUCCACCCACAUCCACCGAUGAUAGCAAUCCCUUUUGGGUGGCGUUCAAGGCGGCAGCAGAUGAAUUGACUCUCAAAGUGAAACCCCAAAUCUUUACCGGCGGCACUGAUAGCCGUUACAUCCGCCAGGUUGGCAUUCCCGCACUGGGUUUCUCUCCCAUGAACAAUACCCCCGUAUUGUUACAUGAUCAUGAUGAAUUUCUGCAAGCUGAUGUCUAUUUGCGUGGCAUUGAGAUUUAUACCAAAAUCAUUGAGAAUCUGGCGAAUUGUUAAGGCCGGUUUUGGGAAGGAUAUGAGUUCGAAAAAAAAUGUGCCAAAAAAUAAAUAUAAAUAUAAGAGAUUAAAAAUAAUAAAAAUUUAAAAUCCACACAUG